AUGGCCACCCUGCUCCGCAGCAAGCUGACCAAUGUGGCCACGUCCGUGUCCAACAAGUCCCAGGCCAAGGUGAGCGGCAUGUUUGCCAGGAUGGGGUUUCAGGCGGCCACGGAUGAGGAGGCGGUGGGCUUCGCGCACUGCGACGACCUCGACUUUGAGCAUCGCCAGGGCCUGCAGAUGGACAUCCUGAAGUCGGAAGGCGAGCCCUGCGGAGAUGAGGGCGCCGAACCGCCCGUCGAAGGAGACAUCCAUUACCAGCGCGGCGGCGCUCCUCUGCCACCGUCUGGCUCCAAGGACCAGGCCGUGGGAGCUGGUGGCGAGUUCGGGGGUCACGACAAGCCCAAGAUCACGGCGUGGGAGGCGGGCUGGAACGUGACAAACGCCAUUCAGGGCAUGUUUGUGCUGGGCCUACCCUACGCCAUCCUCCACGGCGGCUACCUGGGGUUGUUCCUCAUCAUCUUCGCCGCAGUGGUGUGUUGCUACACCGGCAAGAUCCUCAUCGCAUGUUUGUACGAGGAGAACGAAGACGGCGAGGUGGUGCGCGUGCGGGACUCUUAUGUGGCCAUAGCCAACGCGUGCUGCGCUCCUCGCUUCCCCACGCUGGGUGGCCGCGUGGUUAAUGUGGCGCAGAUCAUCGAGCUGGUGAUGACGUGCAUCUUGUACGUGGUGGUGAGCGGCAACCUCAUGUACAAUAGCUUCCCGGGGCUGCCCGUGUCUCAAAAGUCCUGGUCCAUCAUCGCCACGGCGGUGCUGCUGCCCUGCGCCUUCCUGAAGAACCUCAAGGCGGUGUCUAAGUUCAGUCUGCUGUGCACACUGGCCCACUUCGUCAUCAACAUCCUGGUCAUCGCUUACUGUCUCUCUCGUGCGCGUGACUGGGCCUGGGAGAAGGUGAAGUUCUACAUCGACGUCAAGAAAUUCCCCAUCUCCAUCGGCAUCAUCGUGUUCAGCUACACGUCGCAGAUCUUCCUGCCCUCGCUCGAAGGCAACAUGCAACAGCCCAGCGAAUUCCACUGCAUGAUGAACUGGACGCACAUCGCCGCCUGCGUGCUCAAGGGCCUCUUCGCGCUCGUCGCCUACCUCACCUGGGCCGACGAGACCAAGGAGGUCAUCACGGAUAACCUGCCCGGCUCCAUCCGCGCCGUGGUCAAUCUCUUCCUGGUGGCCAAGGCGCUGCUGUCCUACCCGUUGCCCUUCUUCGCGGCUGUCGAAGUGCUGGAGAAGUCUCUCUUCCAGGAAGGCAGCCGCGCCUUCUUCCCUGCCUGCUACGGAGGCGACGGUCGCCUCAAGUCGUGGGGGCUGACGCUGCGCUGCGCGCUGGUGGUCUUCACGCUGCUCAUGGCCAUCUACGUGCCGCACUUCGCGCUGCUCAUGGGCCUCACGGGCAGUCUCACCGGCGCCGGCCUCUGCUUCCUGCUGCCCAGCCUCUUCCACCUGCGCCUGCUCUGGCGCAAGCUGCUGUGGCACCAGGUCUUCUUCGAUGUGGCCAUCUUCGUCAUCGGAGGCAUCUGCAGCGUGUCCGGCUUCGUGCACUCCCUCGAGGGCCUCAUCGAGGCCUACCGAACCAACGCAGAGGACUAG